AUGAGUACUGAAAAAAUUCAAGACUGUAAUGAUAGCUUAUCAUCUUCCGAAGAAUAUGAUCCAUCAGAACAGCUUGCAGAUGAAGACGCUCGCCAGAGGGUUACACCAGAAUCGAUAAUCAUGAAUUUAUUCCAAUGUCUCUUUUCGGAUAAUGAUUACGGAAAAUCAAACUACUAG